AUGCCCAUCUUUCAGGACGAUAUCGACAAUGUGCCGCCAGCCUCCAGCCCAUCCGGGUCCAUAAGUAUCGGGCCAGCAGGGUCGAGGAGUCGUCGCUUUUCCGAGGAAAGUCUGCGGCUCGAGCUAUGUGAAGGGCCAGUUCCCGAUAGCCCUGAGGCUCGUCCGUCGAUACCUAAGAGCGAUGAGGAGACCAGGAUAUCGGAUAGAGCCGAGCUGAUACAGAGGUUGAAACGGGGAGAGAGCCCGACUUGGGUUCCUAACAGACAUCUCGAAACAAUCCUCCAACAAAGUAAAUCAAACGGUCAAGAAGAUCAGGCCCAGCCGUCUCCCGAAUCUCCGAGUCUCCUACCACCAGCACCAAUUACACCAGAGAAGAAUAAGUCGUCAGAGUCAUUCGACGAGAGAUUACGAGAUGGACUUAGUAUUGAACGGCCGAGAUCAGCCUUACAUAGCGGCGAUUUCACAAGCGACGGUUCAGCAUCCGAGAGCGGACAGCUCAGUGACUCGGGAAGGGAGAACGGCGAGGAACGGGUACCACCUGAGCGUGCCUGGUUUCCAACAUCGCCGCCGAGAGGCUUUACACCGUUUUCAUAUGGUGGCAGAGCCCAGCUGAUAGAAAAUAAUACCAUCGAUGGCUUCAAAUCUGAUUCAUCUUUACUGUCGACAUCGCUGUCUAGCUUCGUAUAUCAGCCGCCGACUAGUCCUCUCGCACAGUCUGAGACGAAUGAAGACAUUGAUUUAUCCGUGCCGUCUGAAUUUCCAUCCACCACCUUUAACUCUGCAAGGCGACAUACUCUCACCUCUAGCCAUUCUACACCAUUCUUUUCGCCUUCUCCUUCAAGGUCCCGGCUGCAGUCUCGCCUUUCGUCACGACAAGGCGCCUUACCAUAUCAAGCUCACCAGCCUCGCCGCUCCUUAACAUCUGCUCCCACUUUUUCCCACGGUCAUCACCACUUCCUCACUCCUCAGACACCAGCAUUUCUACGGUCGCGACGACAGUCUUUUGGCUCAGAUGCCGCUUCGCCAAUCCAACAUGCUUCCAUGGUCGGGUCCUACGAAGAAAGCAUUCUUCGUGGCCGUAUGUCGACAACACCAUCGCAGCCAUUCGAAUUCCUGGCCCAGAUUGGCGUAUUGGGAAAAGGUAACUGCAAGCCGAGUCUUCGAUGCCCACGACAUGUGACACUCCCUUUCCCGGCUGUGUACUAUAGAUACAGUAGCACUCCGCAGGGAGGGUCGCCUCUUGAAGACGGCCCAAGCCCGUAUGUUGGCCUGAUUGAUUUGGAGAAUGGCCUUUCUAACCCUGAGGAGGAGUCAAGGUCGCGGAAGAAGGCCCAAAGUCGGUAUAGUGACCGAAAGCAGCAGGCCAGCAACGAAACCACCAGGUUGGAUGGAGAAGGCGUUGAAGUAGAUCGGGAACGAUCCAAGGCGACCGGGCCCAGGCGCCCGUCUGGGUCUGCGAGAGCACCUCCGGGAGGAAGCUAUAGAAUCCCUGAAACUGGCCAGAUCCAGAUCAUUAUCAAGAAUCAAAACAAAACAGCUGUCAAACUCUUUCUUGUGCCUUAUGACUUGACUGGCAUGACGCCAGGGACGAAAACAUUCAUCCGCCAGCGCAGUUAUUCUGCUGGCCCUAUAAUCGAUAAUGUGCCCAACAUGCCCAAAGCGGACAUGGACCGCCCCAUUCUCAGAUAUCUCAUUCAUCUGCAUAUUUGCUCUCCUAGCAAGGGACGCUUCUACUUGUACAAAAGCAUUCGCAUCGUUUUUGCAAACCGGGUGCCUGAUGGGAAAGAAAAGCUACGCAACGAAACUACGCUGCCUGAACCGCGGUUCUCUCCGUAUAAGCCCAUCAGGGCGAUGAACCAUGCGUUUUCGAGUCACGGCGGCGGCGCCGGAGCCAGGCUGAUCAACGAGAAGGCUCUGCGGCGGCGCAGCAUGGGCAUAUUCAUGACCAGCAAGACACCAACAUUUGACAGCAUGGACGGCAUUGCGUCGUCGCCUGACCACAUGACCAUGAUAGCUCCGUCGCACAGCUUUAGUCGCGGCAGUGUCACUCCCGUAGAUUGGGUGCCACAGCUCCAUCCACAGUCAGACACCACAGAUAGCGGCGACAAUAAUGAUGGAUCCAUUGGUACCCCAAUGGGACUCGGCCCACUAGGCGCUCUGUCUUCACAGGCCAAGAGCUGCCUGACUUCUCAAGAUUCAGAUGGUUCCGGCAUUUGGGGCCCAGCACAAUACGAGAAGCUAGACAAAGACGAUGCUCGUUAUGGCGGGAAAACUUUUUAUCGUACAGCGGUCGGUAGCUCCUCCGGGAACGCUCCUGAAAGCUUGCUCUCUCAGCGCUUGCGUAGCCUGGGUGUCAAGCCUCAACAGAAGACUGAGCCAGCUGAGUGA